AUGGCAGCUAUGGUAGCAAACGGACAGGCGCACCUGCGCCAAAACCUCCAUCUUGUGACAAACGAGGACUCCGUCUACGAACAAGACAUCAUACGUGACCCAUCAACGAUAAAGCCAUGGCUCGUGUAUAUCGAAUUCAAGUCCCGCUAUGGAAAUGCCCUCGAGAAAGCCUUUGUCAUGGCGCGUGCCUGCGCCCAGCUCCCUCGAUCGUACAAGCUAUGGAAAAUGGUGAGUGGCGGCGACGCCAUAAAACUCAUAAUCCUUUGUGCAAUGACUAACCAGCCGCAGUAUUUGGAGUUUCGUGUCAAACACGUUUCGAAAUUAAACUCUGCCAUGUUUAAUAACGAGUACAACAAGGUCAACGCGCUCUUCGAACAGGCUCUGAUUCUACUCAACAAGAUGCCUCGAAUCUGGGAAAUGUACCUGGCUUUUCUAAUGAAGCAGCCGAUUGUGACGACCGCCCGUCGAGUUUUUGACCGAGCCCUACGCGCCCUGCCGAUAUCCCAGCACAACCGCAUCUGGGCCCUGUACAUUCCAUUUGCCAACGCUGCGUCAGGCGAGACCGCCGUCAAGAUCUGGCGUCGCUAUAUGCAGGUACAUCCUGAACAUGCCGAGGACUUUAUUGAGCUUCUCAUCAAGGCUGGACUGUACACCGAGGCUGCGACAACGUACAUCAAGAUUCUCAACAACACAAAAUUCGUGAGCAAAAACGGCAAGGGCCACUUUGAACUUUGGAAUGAGCUGGUGGAAUUGCUCGUGAGCCAUGCUACCAAUGUCCAAACUGGCCACGAAACUGGUAUCGAUGUCGAGGCCAUUAUUCGCAGCGGAAUUGCUAGAUUUUCAGAUCAACGAGGCAAGCUCUGGGCCGGGUUGGCAACCUACUGGAUCCGAUGUGGGAGUUUUGAGCGCGCGCGCGAUACCUUUGAAGAGGGUAUCACUAGUGUCAUGACCGUCCGCGACUUUACACUCAUCUUUGACUCUUAUGUAGAGUUUGAAGAGUCUGUAAUUGGCGCCUUAAUGGAAAUGGCGACUGCCCGCGCCCAGAAAGGUAUCGACGAUGAGGAAGCAGACUUUGAGCUCGAUAUCCGCAUGAUGCGAUUCGAGCACCUGAUGGACCGACGGCCGUUUCUCCUCAACGACGUGCUACUUCGACAAAAUCCCAACCAAGUGCUGGAAUGGGAGAAGCGAGUGGCACUCUGGGGCGACAACAAGGCCGAAGCUGUACAGACCUACACAGAUGCCAUUGCCAAGAUUCAACCGAAGCAUGCCAUUGGCCCGUUCCAUCAACUUUGGACCAAUUAUGCAAAGUUUUAUGAAGCAGGGGGCGAUAUCCGCGCUGCUCGAAUCAUCAUGGAGAAGGCUGUCAAGGUGCCUUUCAAAUCAGUCGCAGAGCUUGCCGACAUGUGGAUUGAAUGGGCUGAGAUGGAGCUCCGAAACGAAGACUUUGACGAGGCUACUCGGAUCAUGGCCAAGGCUGUUCAGGCGCCGAAGCGAUCAAACGUCGACUAUUUUGAUGAGACGCUCUCGCCACAGCAGCGAGUACACAAGAGUUGGAAGUUGUGGAGCUUCUACGUGGAUCUCGUCGAGAGUGUUUCGACAAUGGAGGAUGUAAAGAAGGUGUAUGAACGUAUUUUCGAGCUCCGCAUUGCCACGCCACAAACCGUGGUUAACUAUGCCAACCUACUGGAGGAAAAUGAGUACUUUGAGGAGUCGUUCAAGAUUUACGAGAGAGGUCUGGAUUUGUUCAGCUAUCCCGUGGCGUUUGAGCUGUGGAACAUGUACCUGACCAAGGCUGUGGAUCGCAAGAUUGGGAUUGAGCGACUGCGUGACUUGUUCGAGCAGGCGGUUGAGGACUGCCCGCCCAAGUUCGCCAAGACCAUCUACCUGAUGUACGGCAACCUGGAGGAAGAACGCGGACUUGCGCGUCACGCGAUGCGCAUCUACGAACGUGCGACGAGAGCGGUUUCUGACGAAGACCGGGCCGACAUGUUUCACUUUUACAUCACCAAGUCGGCUUCCAACUUUGGUCUUCCGUCGACGCGACCGAUUUACGAGCGGGCCAUCACCGCGCUGCCCGACGAGGAAGCCAAAGACAUGUGCCUCAAGUUUGCGGACAUGGAGAAGCGACUAGGCGAAAUUGACCGCGCGCGCGCCAUCUUUGGCCACGCGUCGCAGUUUUGCGACCCGCGCACCAAUGCCGACUUUUGGAGCAAGUGGGAGUCGUUCGAGGUGCAGCACGGCAACGAGGACACGUUCAAGGAGAUGCUGCGGAUCAAGCGCAGUGUGCAGGCGCAGUACAACACGGAUGUCAACUUUAUCGCCUCGCAGGCCCUGGCAAAGAGUCAGGCGGCGGCGGCGGCAGCAGGUCAGGAGAUGGACGCCGACACGCAAGACGCCAUGGCGGCGCUGGAGAGACAGGCGCGCGCGCCGCAAGGGUUCGUGGCCGCAAGCACGGGACCGGUGGGCGGCGGGGUGCAAGAUACCAAGCCGGCUGUGGCGGCCAAUCCAGAUGCGAUUGACAUUGACAGCGGCGAUGACGAGUAA